GGGAAGCCGGAUUGUGGGAUCAUGUCCCUCCUUCCUUCGCGAAGGAAGGAGAGUGUGGUUCUCGUGGGUCACUUCUUUGAAACGUCGCCCUUCGAUCCGGGCUGUGAAGUCCCGAAACAUUAGGGGCUGGAAUGGAUGGCUAGUGGGAGGUGCAGAUGUCAGACCCCAAACCCAAGUUGCACCCUUUCGUCCUUCUGAGAAGAGACUGCGCCUGUCCUCUCCGAUCAAACAAAUUUCUUUCUCACAAAGUUGACUGCAGUCACACCGCAGUCAACUUCCUCGUAUCCUCAAACAAUAAAAUGUUACAGAGUCGGAUAUGCCCACAACUUGCACUAAUAAGUUGGGGACUGAAACUCUUGUUCGAAGUGGAUGAGGGAGAUUAUCCAUUUGUCAUUAAAGUGUAACAGGAAAAGAUACAUGUCCCUCUGGUUCUGUUUCCUUUUUGUGUCGUAGCUGGAACAGCGAUAGAGCGAGAACCGGCUUUUGGUAUUGACCUUGUAACAUUAAUGUUGAUAACGCAGGACAGUCUGAUUACUGUAGUGUGUGGACGGAAGUAUGUAGUACCUUCGAAGCAUCUGAUCUUAGUGGAACGUGCGAGGGGCUUAACGCAAUAGCCGAGCACAACGCCCAUCAUGAUUGCCCAAAAAGCAACUGACAGUUCAUGGCAUGGCACAAUACCAGUUUUCCCUCAUGCUUUGCGGGAUCUCAAGCGACAAGGGUCGAACAGAGCGACUGUCGUACGACGAAGAUAAUGUGAUGUAGUGUGGGCAACGAAUAAACGAGAGUGUGCGGGGAGCAGGUACUGGUCACGUUCUUUUCUAAGGUUUAUUGCCGCCUCUGCAAAAUCGCUGUCGACUGGAACCCAGAGCCAGAUCUAUAGAUUCAGAGGAAAGGGAAACGUGGAGUUUAGCGAGAGGAUGCUGCUCGGAUAAUAUAUGAUUUUCUUUCGAGGCACUGAGAUGCUCAUUAACUCUGUCUAUUGCAAUGGUGCCAAAGAGAAUCAGCAAAAAGACGAAAAAUCUGGAUGAAGUGCAAGGCAAAUGUCCGGGAUGGUUGGAAAAAACCUGCUGAUGUAUGUGAAAAGGGAGCAGUUGAGAACCUUCAAGGUCAGCGUGUAGGACUUGGCAUUGCGCUAAUUGGUGGCAAUUCGGCAGUGGACAUUAGAUGGAUCUGGUCUUGGUUAUAGGAAAGGACCGAGUCCUGGAAUAAUACACUUAUAGGUCAUCAAGUCAGAAGAUUGUAUCAGCUGUGAGAGUAAAGAAGUUGAGCAUAUUCCUGAUUCGGGUGGUGCCCUCCAUUGUCACAGACCUGACAGACUUCUUGAUGUCAUUAUUGGAUAUUUUUAACAUGCCGCCAUCUAAAUCUAAAUGAGUGGGCGAAUCUGGAUGUUCUGGGAAGCGGCCAGCAGUAGCUGUGGCAUGUUAACGCUUCACAUUCGAACCCUAAAGUUACAACAAUGCCAGACAUCUGCGUUUGUAGAACAAUGGAAGUUUCUUGUACCUGCUGCAGAAAGGCGUUCGCUUGAUUUUAGUGUCUGUUUGCAUUACCGUUUAGUCCAACUAUUUCUGAGAACUGAUGCAUUAGCAUCGAACACCUCCCCUCAAUGCGGAGCGAAAGGUAGGUAGGAGGCCGCGAAUGCUCAUUCGAAGGUUCGUGUAGUUGUCUAAUUUGGAUACUUCUUUUUC